GGGAGAGGGGAGGUCUUUCUUGACCAAUAGAGAAACGAGACAAGUUUAAUGUGCUCCAAGUGUUAGCUGAAAUUGUACAGCAGACACCGACAGCCACAACAGUCACACACAGCAACUCUUAAUUCUACUCCCAGUCCCAGGUAUUGGGUAAAAAUGGCAGAUACUGAAGAGAUCGCAGAGGAUAUAGAGGAGCAAGAAGAGGAACCACCAGCUGAGGAAGCAGAAGAGCCCGAAGCUGAAACAGAAGAAUCUGCUCCUCUUCAGACUGAUCAACCAAGUCAAGAAGCAGGAGAAACAGAAGAGGAAGAGGCAAAGCCCAAACAGAAGUUAUUCAUGCAAAAUCUUGUAGCUCCCAAAAUUCCCGAUGGCGACAAAGUUGACUUUGAUGACAUUCAUAGAAAACGUAUGGAAAAGGACCUGCUUGAGCUCCAGACCCUGAUUGAAGCUCACUUUGAGAAGAGGAAAAAGGAAGAAGAGGAACUGGUUGCUUUAAAAGACAGAAUUGAAAAGCGUAGAGCGGAAAGAUCUGAUCAGCAGCGAAUUCGAGCAGAAAAGGAAAAAGAGCGGCUGAAUCGAGUGGCCGAGGAAAAGGCAAGAAAGGAAGAUGAGGAAGUUCGGAAGAAGGUCGAAGAAGAUGCCAAGAAGAAGAAAGUUCUCUCCAACAUGUCCCUACACUAUGGAGGUUAUAUGCAGAAGAAUGAGACCCGCAAAGGUGGGAAGAAACAAACCGAGAGAGAAAAGAAAAGGAAGAUUCUGGCAGACAGACGUAAACCUUUCAAUAUUGAGAACCUCAGUGAUGACAAGCUCAAGGAUAAGGCCCAGGAGCUAGCAGAUUGGUUGUUGCUGCUGGAAGGAGAGAAGUUUGACCUGUCUGAGAAACUGAAAAGACAGAGAUAUGAAAUUAAUGUGCUUCGUACUCGAGUGUCAGAUCACCAAAAAUUAAGCGCAAAAGGAACUCGAGGGAAGACUAAGGUGGCUGGUCGCUGGAAGUAAUUAAUGGAACGAGACAGAUCCUGGAUCGAUGGAAUGGGUAGAAGAACGAGGAGAGUGUCAUCUUCUGCUGUCAUCUGAGACAUCUUCCUCUCAAACAUCAACCAAAUUUCCAGAACAAAUUACUAAAAUCUAAAACGACUGAAAAUGCCAUUAUCACAAACCGUUUGCUAACAUUUUAAGUGACAAAUUAACCCAACCCUAAUCUCUCUAGUUUAGUUCAAAUGAAUAUUUCUAGUCUCCAUCAGUUGAUGUUGCACAGUGGCAAUGUCUGUUUUUUUUGCUGAAAAAAUGAAUGCAUUGUAGGCAGUUUGCCAUAUACCCAUAUUGUGCAUUUCAUAUAAUAAUAAUCCUUGCAUUUGAUUAAGCGCCUUAUCAUG